AUGUUUCAAUUCUCCCUUCGAGACAAAGCAAAGCAUUGGUUGAGAACGGUUGAAGAGGGAUCGUUGAGUACUUGGGAUGAGGUGAAUAGAGCUUUUCUUGGGAAGUAUUGCCCUCCCGAGAAAACCGAUGAAUUAAGACGGAAGAUCACAAACUUCAACCAAGAGGUUGAUGAAACUUUGAGUGAAGCAUGGGAGCGGUUCAAAGAUUAUACUAGAGCAUGCCCUCACCACGGUUUCACCUCAUGGAUCAUAGUUCAAAGCUUCUAUGAUGGUCUUACUCCUACCUCAAGGGCCAACCUUGAUUCGGGAGCCGGAGGUAGCCUUAAAAAGCUAUCGGUUGACGAGGCCUACAAAAUGAUUGAGGAAGUGGCUAAGCAUUAUGCUUAUGGAGGUGAUAAAAGACAAGGUCAACCCAAGAAGGGAGGUAAGCAUGAUCUUGAAGCAAUAGAUCUUAUUGCUUCAAAGGUUGAUAUGUUAGCUCGAAAGCUAGAUCAAGUGAACAAUGUGCCCGGUAGCUCCUCCCCACAAGUCAUGUCUUGUGAUACUUGUGAAGGAAAUGACCACUUGGCAUCCUAUUGCAACACUACAACGGAGCAUGUGGCUUCACUUGGUAGGAAUGAUCCUUACUCCCAAACUUCUAACCAAGGUUGGAAACAACAUCCAAAUUUUGGGUGGAAACAACCCAAUCAAGCUCCCCCUCCUCAAAACAAUUACAACCAAGCUCCUCCUUACAAUCAACCCCCUCCACAACAACAAGCUCCCUAUCACCACCCCAAUCAAAGAGACAAUGUCCAACAAAGACCCCAAUAUAAUCAAACCCCUCCUCCAAAAUCCAACAUUGAAUCCGUUUUGGAAACCUUCAUGACCCAACAAAUCAAGAUCAAUGGGGAAGUUAGUAGCUCAAUUCAACAACUCCAAGCACACAACAAGAUGAUUGAAAUUCAAUUAUCUCAAAUUGCACAACAAGUUGGGUGCACCUCUAACCCCGGUGGUCAAUUUCCAAGCACAACAGUAAUGAAUCCAAAAGAGCAAGCGAAAUCAAUCACCUUGAUUAUGGAAGGGGGGUAUGAAACUCCAAUUAUGAGAGAAAAUGUUGCCAAAAAGGGAGAUGAGGGAGAUAGUUGGGUAGAUGAAAGUGAGUUUGAAAAUGAAGUGAGUGAGGAGGCGAGAGGAAGGUUAAAAAUGAGUGAUGAGGGUGCCUCAAAGAGAGAUGAGGGAGAAGUGAAGAGUCAAGCUCCAUUGAGAGCAUAUGAGCCUCAUAUUCCAUUCCCUCAUAGAAUGAUAGAGAAGAAGCUAAAUGAGAAACUUUCUAAGUUCCUUGAUGAAAUGGAAGGACUUCAAUCAAACAUUCCACUUCUCCAUGCUUUGUCUCAAAUGCCUACAUAUGCAAAGUUUUUGAAAAAUAUUCUUUCUAACAAGAGUAGGCUUGAGGAGAGUGAUUCUAUCUCUCUUCCAACGGAGAUAAGUGCUAUUCCUCAAAAUGAGCUUCCCGAGAAGUUUGGUGACCCCGGUAGUUUUGCUAUACCGGUUAAGGAGAUGGAUGAGGAUUUCAAAAUUCCUCUCAUAUUGGGUAGGCCCUUUUUGAAAACCGCGGGUGUUAAUAUUGACAUGAAACAAGGGCGGCUUACCUUACAUGUUGGGCAUGAAAGAAUCUCUUUCUCAUUUCUGGAAUUGUUGAAUGACCCCAUGGUUAAACAAGUUCAUCGGGUUGAUGUUUUGGUUAAUAUUUUGAAAGAAGACAUGGAGGAGUCACAAGAUGAAUCGACUCAUGCUCCGGAGGUGAAAAAGCAAGAGAGGGCCAAGAAGAAAAAGAAAAACAAGAUCAAGUUGAUAGACAAGAUGUUUGGUUGCAUUUCUAGUGAUGAUAGCAAUGUGAUUAUUUUGCCUAAGGAAAAUGGAAAGUGUGUGGGAACAAUGAGAUGGGUCAAAAAGGUGUGCCUUAACCCUCCCUAA